AUGAGGAAAACUCUUGUGCUAUGUUUUAUCCACGGAUUCAAGGGUGGCGAAUCAACCUUUGGAGAUGACUACCAGUUCACAAAGCAUCUUAGUGAUGUAGUGGCUCUGAAACUACCAAAGGUAGAUGUGCGCGUGCUGGUGUAUCCCAAGUACGAGACAAGAGGUGAUUUGGGACAGUGCGUGAGCCGCUUCCGUGACUGGUUGGAGGAAAAGGUCAUAGACAUGGAAGUGGCGUCAGGCACGCCGUCUCCCACCGUCGACCCGUCAGUGAGAACGGUUCUGGUCGGCCACUCGAUGGGCGGCAUUGUCGCGGCCGAGUUGGUCAUUGCUUUGGCUUCGGAAAAGCCAAUCUACUCCGAGGACGGCAUCGAAAAGACGGGCAAGCCCAGCUUCAACAGUCUCAUGUUCCCGUAUAUCCAGGGGGUGCUGGCGUUUGACACGCCAUAUCUGGGCAUAGCACCUGGAGUGGUUGCCCACGGCGCUGAGGAGCACUACCAGAGUGCCGCGGCUACGCUCUCCCAGCUCAGCGGGUUGAAGACGGCGCUCUGGGGCACCAACACGGCACGGGCUCCCGCUUCUGCCGCUACGAAGUCCGCGGAAGCAGCGAAAUCCACAGAAGCAGCAGCAGCAGCAGCCGGCGGCGGCGGAUGGGCAAAAUGGGGCAGGAUGGCCAUGUACGCCGGGGCGGCGGGCGCGGUUGCCGCCGGCGGAGCCGCAGCCUGGGUGAAUCGCGACCAAAUCACCGAAGGGUGGACAUGGGCAUCCUCUCACCUGGAAUUCGUCGGCUGUCUUGCUCGGGCAGAGGAGCUGAAGAAGCGCGUGAGGUUCAUGGUUCAGCUCCACGAGGACCUGAACAUGGGUUAUGCCAACGUGUACACGCGCCUGGGAAAAGCCGCCUCCUCCAAGGUUAGCAUGGCAGGCACCGUGCUGGGCAAGGACAGGACAUUUUGCAAUCUCCCCAAGACGAUGGCAGCGGGCGACUGGAUGGAGGCUGUGAAUGACAAGGCCACCGACGAAACUGUGGCACACAUGACCAUGUUUGAACCGGCUAAAAAUCCCGGCUACGAGAAGCUGUCGCUUGACGCAGCAGGCUUAAUUGCUCAGUGGUCGCGGAACGAUUGGUACGAAAGUAGCUCGGACGAUGGUUCUGGACCAGCCGAUGAGGGAGAGCGCCCACAAACUGCGCCGGCGGAAUCAUAA